CCAAAACACACACAAACACACACUUGUCAGACGAAUUCCCUUUCUUCUCUCAAACGAAAACCCUAGUCGCUAGCUAAAACUUUGUAUGCUUUUCCAAAUAAUCAACAAUGCCGGUUUGGAAUUUAAGUGAAGCACGAGGACGGAUGAUCAGUGAAGCAGAAGUUCGUCUUCAAUAUGGUGAUCAUCCGACCAUGUUUUGCAUGCUAUUAAACCAUGGUGGAAAGUUUACUGAUUUUCCUGGAAGGAAGUAUGUAAACGGAAAGAGACAUUACGUUGAGUUAAUAGACAUCGAGACUUUCUGUGUUCACGAUAUUGAUGACAUGAUGGUGAAACUUGGGUAUAUCGAUGAAAAUCUACAUGUGGAGAUGUACUAUCAUUUUCGAAGGCCACUAUGCGAUUUGGAUUUUGGCUUGUUUGCUUUAGCUUCAGAUGAUGAUGUAAGGCAUUUAGCAAAAUAUGUUGGCCAGCAUAAGCUAAUAGAGGUGUAUACAGAGCACGGGCAAACGAAAUUACACACAUACUCGAUGUCACCAAACCCAUCUAAGGUACGUAUAGUUGAGAUUGAUUGUACCCCAAAAAGAUUGUUUUUGGAAUGGCAUGAUACACAAGUUGAGCCUAAUGAUGUGUUGACAUUUGAGCCUAAUAGAAACAACCCUCCUGUUUCACCUACUAGAAAUGAGCCUUCAAUUGACAAGGUGGACAUGGUAAGUGAUAAUGCAAACAUCAUGGAAACUGAAAUUGAACAUAGUAGUGAUGAUAAUAGCAGUGGUGAUGAGAUCAACAGUGGUGAUGAUAGUGAGAGUCAAGAUGGUGACUUUCUUCUAGACGAAGACAAUAUCAUUGAUGAUGUUGAAGUUGACAUGAGAGAAUUCCACUUGAAUGUUGACCGGUCAAGAAGUAGUCAAUGA